GCGGGGAUGCGGUUCGAGGGUUGUGGAGCGACAUUUGCCGAGGUGAUUGGGAGGUGCAGUGCGACGGACCCUAAGCGGACCGCCUGCGCUGCGGCCAGCACAACACCUUCUCGCUUGCCAUUCCUAUAUCCCCAGCUCGCCUUCAACAGGCCCUUUCGCUCCUUUGCCCGGACCUGACACCGCACACUCGCCCGCCAUGGCCCCCGCAGCUUCCGCGAAACACUUCAUCGCGCGCCACCCGCGCUACUCGACCCUCCUUGCGCUCGUCCUCGUCGGCCUCCUGUUCGUGUACGCCCAGGGCCCGCCGGACCCGCCCUACUUCAACAAGCACAACCCGCUCAAGACAUGGAUCUCCGAGGAGGACAGGCGGUACCAGCAGACGCUCCGAGAGCGAGAAGGGAUGGUGCGGAAGUGGGGGCCGACGCCGGAUCGUGUUCAGGCCUUCCCACCACAAGAUGACUUCUACACGCUCUGGGACUUCUACAUCCCGUCCUUCCGCUGCCCGCACCGCGUCGAGCGAGUCGGCGCCCUCGGAGACGGCGGCAAGUGGGUCUGCGGCCUCGAGCGCAUCGCGCAGCAAGACUCCUGCGUGAUCUACUCCUUCGGCAUCAACAACGAGUCGUCCUUCGAGGCCGCGCUCCUGCGCGCCGCCCCGCGCUGCCAGGUCUGGGGCUACGACUUCAGCGUGCCCAACUUCGGCCCCGAGAUCACGGAGGACUACAGCCUGCGCUCGCGCUCGCACUUCAAGUCGUGGGGCCUUGGCUCGGCGGACAACUACGGGCCGGACGCGAACCCGCCCUUCUACACGCUGCAGACGCUGAUGGCGAUGAACGGGCACUCCUUCAUUGACAUCCUCAAGGUCGACAUCGAAGGCGCCGAGUUCGACGCGCUCGCGUCCUUCCUGACGCACCACAUCGCCCAGGCCGCGAAGCGGCCCCCACCGCCCCCGCCCCCCUCCAACCCGCACGCGCCGCCGCCGCCCCCCUCGCCGAUGCUGCCCCUGCUCCCGAUCGGCCAGCUGCAGAUCGAGCUGCACGCACGCUCCGGCUCGGGCCACGACACCUUCGCGGCUUUCAACAGCUGGUGGGAGUCCCUCGAGGCCGCGGGCCUGCGCCCGUUCUUCGCGGAGCCGAAUCUCGUGUACGUGAACUUGGUGCGGGGCGUGCGGCCUGACCUUGUCGAGUACUCCCUGCUCAACAUCCGCGGAGACCAUGCAUUGGUCUCGGACCGCUACAUCGCUUUCUAGAUGCAUCCAGUGCUCUAUACGCGUGCUAUCCUAUCCCUCGCCUGUAGCCGCCUGCGGGCUCAAGGAUAAUCCUCAUUCUAUCUGGAGCCUGCUUCUAGCCUCUGCGGCUCUUCCUUGCCAGGCGCAACGGACGCGGACACUACCGUAAAAACUAAGGUUCAUAGCCGAGAAAUACCCAUGUAUCGUAUACUUACCCCCCAAUGCUUUCGCAUGCAUUCGUAACCGUCCUUCGAAUGCUCAUUGUGAUAUGUGGUCAGUGGUCAUGAUCAAUAGGUUGAGCUCGUCCGCGUAGAUCCAGAGUCAGCUGUUCAAAACCA